AUGUUUAAUCCACUAGAAGAAUUAUUUGCCGCCAUGGAUGUCACAGGGGCGACCUUGGUCCUAGAAGAUCCCACCAUUCUGGGUGAAGUUGGCGGUGUAUUGUACGGCGAUAGCCAGCGCGAUAGUUAUCUUCGAGAUGGCGGUGCCCUAUACCCUACACCGCAAUUACUCAACAAAAUGGUCGUGGGUUACGACAACAAGGCCUCUCUUGGUUAUCACUGGCGAAGUCAAGGCGGUAGCAAUCAUGCCUCGCCUAUUAAAGAUCUCUGUUUGUACACACCGUAUCGUCUAUUGGAUACGGCAUUGCGUGCGGCGGCGUCUGUAUUUCCUGUACUUCGCGUGCUAUUUCCUUCUGCGGUGCCGAGACGCAGCCCAUUGCUACUACGUUCUGGUGCUUUAGAAGAUCGUGCUGGUAUCAAGAGCUCUGAACAGAUCACAACCCUUAGAUUUCACCCCUAUUUAAUGAUUCUCGCCAUUGUGUUGGAUGAGGGUGGCUGUGACGGCAGCGCCCGUGUUGUGAUUUACGACAUCGCAAAGAAUCGGCACCUGGCCGUGCUCGCCCACGCCUUUCAAAAGGAGGUCCAGACAGUGGCGUGGAAGCCACUAUCAAAAGAGGUGUUGGCGGUUGGUUGUCGAGGUGGGGUAUUACUGUGGACUCUCAACGGAUGUAUCCGGGCGGGCGGUGGGGGCGCCAAUCUCAACGGAAGCGGAGGCGACGGGAUGCCGGCCACGUCAACGCAUUCUACCGCGAACGCGAAGGGAAGUGUGGUGCCCCAUGCGCUGUUCUACAAGUGCACCCAAGGAAUUACGGUCACCUCAAUGAGCUUUUCCUCGGUGGAUGGGCGAUACAUGGCGUGCGGGAGUUGUGAGCACACCCACCUCAAGGUACUGGAUACGAGCUAUGGCCCUCACGAGGCGAGCAGUUCUGUGUGUUAUUACAUACCAAGCAUAGACGGCGGAGUGGAGUCUCUCAUUUUUGCUGAUGACGACUCCUACAUUAUUUCUUCUGUGUGUGAAGCUCCUAUUUUAUGUAUUACCAAUGUUAGAAAAUCUGCCUUUGGCACCUCCUGGGUUUCUACGCCCGCACCGGUGAACGAUAUUGCUAAGGCCACGGGUAUCGGCAUUAAUUAUUACUUCCUUUGCUCACACACGAUGGAAGGGGUUCUGCUCGCCAAGGUGAACACCUUUGUAGGUAUUGAAGUGGUGAGUGUUAUCUCGACCAGUCUUUCUCGCAACGUUGGAGGAAAUGUGCGGGUGAUGGCCUGCAGUAAACGGCGCCUGUGGAUUGCAUUGGAGACGGGCCAUCUGCUGGUCUGCCAUUACAGUACGCAUGAGGGUGCAAUAACAGUGAUCCCGAUUGGUGCCGCCGCGAUGGAGGCAUCUCACCUUGUAUCGUUUGAUGGGUGCUCGAACGGGUCCUUAUUGGCGAUUGCCGAGCGAGCAGAGUCCGUCUGCUUUGUACCUUCCUAUCAUAUCUAA